AUGGCCCAUCCUCACACCCCCCUGACCGCCACCGCCACCGACCCCCACCUGACCUACUACUGCCAGGAGGGUGCCAACGUCACCCUGCCAUGUGCCCAGAGAGGGGACAAGCUGCAUCACUUGGACCACCUGCCUCAAAGAUGGCUCUUCACCCCCCACUCAAAUGACCAUUGCGAAAAAAAAAUGCACCCCCGCGGCCACCUUCACCAAGGCAAUCAUUCCCGUGCGGUGCUGCCUUGGGGGGUGCAUUAUGGGGCGAACGAGAAGUCUUUCUGGGUGCAACUGCAGUUUGUCAACAAAUCGGACCAGGGGCGUUACUGCUGCCUCUCCCACUAUCACAAAGGGUUGCAGUUUACACAUAGAUACGUCAUUCUCACUGUCACACCAUGUAAGGCCAUACUUCCGUGUGUUUGUUUGUGUUAGAUGUCAAAUGUGUGUGUGAGAGAGAAAGAGUGUGUGUGUGUGUGUGUGUGAGUGAGAGAGGGAGAGAGAGAGAGUGUGUGCGCGCACGCGCAAGAGAGAGCGAGAGAAUGUGUGUUUAGAGUUUUUGUGUGUGUGAAUUGACAUGUCUGUCAAAUGUUUAAUAUUUGUGUGUGUGUGCACGGUGCAACUACGAGUCAAUUUCCAUUCUUAUCAUGACAUUUAAAAGGCUAAGCUGUCUUGUAUGUGUCCUCAUCUCUCUGUAGGGAAACAAGGCGAGGCGAAAUGUACUGUAUUGGAGAUCAAGGCACAAGAAGGUAUACUUUAUUCACAUGGACAAUUGCACCUGCCUCUAGCACAGGAAUGGGCAACUCCAGGCCUUGGGGGCCAGGGUGGUGUCACACUUUUCCCCCAUCCCUAGCAAACACAGCUGAUUCAACUAAUUGCAUUCGAAACUGAAGAUCAUGAUUAGUUGAUUAUUUGAGUCAGCCGCCCACAUGAAAAAAAUACUAUAGUAUGUAUAUAUAAGUAAUUAAGUAGCCUUGCACGAGCAUUGGCUUGUGUGAGACAGAAUGGCUCAUAGGGCAGGAGCCCAGCCCCUGUUUCUGUAGAGCGAGGCAGCUUGAUGUACAAGUACACCGUCAGGACAGGACACUAGUCUAUCGCAGGGCCUUGUACCCAAUCUAUCUCCUUAACACUGAGUGCCAAGCAGAGAUGCAUCAGGUCCCAUUUUUACAGGAUUUGGUAUUACUUGGCCAGGGAUUGAACUCACAACCUUCCAAUCUCAGGGCAGACACUCUAACCACAAGUCCAAUGAGUUGGUAUAAAUACUAUAGUAUUCACUGUAGUGUUUUUGUGGACUAAAGAUGGGUGUUUGGAAUAAAGGGUCCAAUCAGCAUCAUCUCAAACAAUGGGUGGGUGUAGGACAAAAUCCCAGGUGCGUUGAAUUAGGCUGUCCUCUGAUUGGUUGAAGGAGAUCCAAUCACAGACCAGUUUGUUUUGAAUAAUGCCCCUCAUUACAGGCUCAAACUGUUUCAAUGAGGAGGAAGGUUAGACUGAAGUAGAAAGGAAAUAGAAUGGUGGACACAUUAAUCAGGCUGGUAAAAUGCUCUCUGAAGUUCAUUUUGCCCCUGGUCUCUUUACGGUAUCCUCAGCGUCAGUGACUGCAGGCGUGGCCACAGCCGCAUGCAUCAUGGCUAUUCUCACUCUGCCCGUCAUCCUGGUGUUAGUGUACAAGCAAAGGCAAUCUGCCCAGUCCAGCCGACGUGAGUAACAAAGACAUACAUGCACGCGUGCAACACACACACACACACACACAGUUUCAGCUCUACACUUUGUCUUAAACUCAUUUCCUCUACACUAGCAGGUGUGACGUUAGGGGAUAAACAUACAUAGAUUUAGCACGCUGCUUUGUUGUCUGAUAAUGGGCCAUUUCCCUUUCCCCCCUCCCAGGUGCACACGAGCUGGUGAGAAUGGACAGGUGAGUUGAGUUUCCCACAGCCCAGACGCCAGCUAUGGCUUCCCUCUGACAUUAGGCUAACCACAGACACACUUCCAUAACGCUGUUGAUAACACAGAUACAAAAGUGGUAAUCACACUGUUAUGUACAGCAUGUAUGUACAGUGGGGAAAAAAAGUAUUUAGUCAGUCACCAAUUGUGCAAGUUCUCCCACUUAAAAAGAUGAGAGAGGCCUGUAAUUUUCAUCAUAGGUACACGUCAACUAUGACAGACAAAUUGAGGAAAACAAAUCCAGAAAAUCACAUUGUUGGAUUUUUUAUGAAUUUAUUUGCAAAUUAUGGUGGAAAAUAAGUAUUUUGUCACCUACAAACAAGUAAGAUUUCUGGCUCUCACAGACCUGUAACUUCUUCUUUAAGAGGCUCCUCUGUCCUCCACUCGUUACCUGUAUUAAUGGCACCUGUUUGAACUUGUUAUCAGUAUAAAAGACACCUGUCCACAACCUCAAACAGUCACACUCCAAACUCCACUAUGGCCAAGACCAAAGAGCUGUCAAAGGACACCAGAAACAAAAUUGUAGACCUGCACCAGGCUGGGAAGGCUGAAUCUGCAAUAGGUAAGCAGCUUGGUUUGAAGAAAUCAACUGUGGGAGCAAUUAUUAGGAAAUGGAAGACAUACAAGACCACUGAUAAUCUCCCUCGAUCUGGGGCUCCACGCAAGAUCUCACCCCGUGGGGUCAAAAUGAUCACAAGAACGGUGAGCAAAAAUCCCAGAACCACACGGGGGGACCUAGUGAAUGACCUGCAGAGAGCUGGGACCAAAGUAACAAAGCCUACCAUCAGUAACACACUACGCCGCCAGGGACUCAAAUCCUGCAGUGUUAGACGUGUCCCCCUGCUUAAGCCAGUACAUGUCCAGGCCCGUCUGAAGUUUGCUAGAGUGCAUUUGGAUGAUCCAGAAGAGGAUUGGGAGAAUGUCAUAUGGUCAGAUGAAACCAAAAUAUAACUUUUUGGUAAAAACUCAACUCGUCGUGUUUGGAGGACAAAGAAUGCUGAGUUGCAUCCAAAGAACACCAUACCUACUGUGAAGCAUGGGGGUGGAAACAUCAUGCUUUGGGGCUGUUUUUCUGCAAAGGGACCAGGACGACUGAUCCGUGUAAAGGAAAGAGUGAAUGGGGCCAUGUAUUGUGAGAUUUUGAGUGAAAACCUUCUUCCAUCAGCAAGGGCAUUGAAGAUGAAAUGAGGCUGGGUCUUUCAGCAUGACAAUGAUCCCAAACACACCACCCGGGCAACGAAGGAGUGGCUUCGUAAGAAGUAUUUCAAGGUCCUGGAGUGGCCUAGCUAGUCUCCAGAUCUCAACCCCAUAGAAAAUCUUUGGAGGGAGUUGAAAGUCCGUGUUGCCCAGCGACAGCCCCAAAACAUCACUGCUCUAGAGGAGAUCUGCAUGGAGGAAUGGGCCAAAAUACCAGCAACAGUGUGUGAAAACCUUGUGAAGACUUACAGAAAACGUUUGACCUGUGUCAUUGCCAACAAAGGGUAUAUAACAAAGUAUUGAGAAACUUUUGUUAUUGACCAAAUACUUAUUUUCCACCAUAAUUUGCAAAUAAAUUCAUAAAAAAUCCAACAAUGUGAUUUUCUGGAUUUGUUUUCCUCAAUUUGUCUGUCAUAGUUGACGUGUACCUAUGAUGAAAAUUACAGGCCUCUCUCAUCUUUUUAAGUGGGAGAACUUGCACAAUUGGUGGCUGACUAAAUUCUUUUUUUCCCCACUGUAUAAGAAGUUAACUGUAUCGGAUAACAGUUGCAUACUAUACAAUACUGUAUAUGUUUUCUGUAUACAUCUAUCUGGUCAUUUCUUUCCUCUCCCCUGUGUGUGUCUCUCCUCAGUGAGGCUGCGGGUCAUGAGAACCCGGUGUUUCUGGGGGGCUCACCCCCGGGCCAGGCUAAGACCAGGACUGUGUCUCAGAUCAUGACCAGGCAGUCCUCAGAGACUGGCCGCCACCUGCUUAUGUCCGACCCUGGCACCCCCCUAUCUCCUCCCGCACACGGAGUCGUCUUCUUCCCAGAACAGGGUAAGACGCAUACACACAGGAUAUAACACACAGACAUGCAUGCACACACACACACAGGCUAUAACACACAUACACGCACGUAUGCAUGAACGCUCAUGCACACACACACACACGUACGCACGGUAUAUAUAUAUAUAUAUAUAUAUAUAUAUAUAUAUUAGUACCAAAACAUUAAACAAACAAACAAAAACAAUUAAUAUAUAUAUUUUAUGUUUUGGUACUAUUUUGACAAGUAUAUUGUGAAUAAAAAUAAAUUAAUCUUAAUACAACUCCAAACUGGUAACACUUGUAACGCAGCCAGUCUUGCGUUCAAAAACGUUUCUUGUACAUUCAUUUUGUUUGUAGACUUCUUUCACCACACAACCAUUGCUCCAAAAUACAAGUUUACUGUGAAAUAUAAUGAGUCAAUUGGUUUAAUCACCAAAACACAACAUAAUGAUAGCUUCUCAAUUUAGUUAUUUUAACAACCAGUUAAUCCAAUAGCAAAAAAAAAUUAAGAUACAUAUUUCAAAAUUGACCUUUUGAAUGUAGUAUACUACAGUACUGUAAGUUACACUUACACUGUUUUCACAUUAGGCAAUGCACUUGCUUUACCCAUAAAAUUGACUGAACAUCACAUUUCCAUAAUUUCCAUGUGUCAUCAUUGAAGACAUCUUUCACAAUGUAAUUAAAUGAAAUAAACAAUGUUUAGCAGGCACGAGUUUGCAUCAAGCUUGUCUUGAACAUUUGGCCAUAUGUUCUCAUCAAAAUCGCAGUAAAUAUCCUCAUUGUUCAUGCACCUGCCGAAAAACCAGGAACUCCAUUUUGGAUACAUGUUUACUAUAUAGGGGAUGUUUUGGAGUUUCUGGACUAUUUGCGUGUUUGUAUUGAUAUUGUAUUACUGCACUCUAGGAGCUAGAAACACAAGCAUUUUGCUGCACCUGCUGUAACAUCUGCUAAUAUGUGUAUGCGACCAAUACACUUUGAUUUGAUUUGUUAUAUACAGUACAUCUCUGAUCUCGUCAAUAUCCCCAAAAAUAUUUUACUUACUGUGAAGUAAAAUCAUAAGCCAUCAUCAUAGUAGUACAUUCGAGUAUAUAUCAUAGUUUUUAUGUUUCUACUUUACAGACGUACACUGCAAUACAUCUUCAUAUGAAGUAAAUGCCUUUCACAAGGCAAUGCUCACAUUACUUUUGAUAUGAUUCGGUUCUCGUUCGUUAAAAUAUGUUUUACUAUUACUUAAUCCGACUGCUGCUAAUUGAUGACCACAAACAUUUGGUAAACCUUUAGAUUUUACAUGUAAAUAGAUUUUGAGAACUACAUAAUGAAAAUGUAUACUGAGUGUACAAAACAUUAGGAACACCUGCUCUUUCCAUGACAUAGACUGACCAGGUGAAUCCUGGUUAAAGCUAUGAUCCCUUAUUGAUGUCACUUGUUAAAUCCACUUCAAUCAGUGUAGAUGAAGGGGAGGAUUUUUAAGCCUUGAGAAAAUUGAGACAUGGAUUGUGUAUGUGUGCCAUUCAUAGGGUGAAUGGGCGAGACAAAAUAUUUAAGUGCGUUUGAACGGGGUAUGGUAGUAGGUGCCAGGUGCACCGGUUUGUGUCAAGAACUGCAACGCUGCUGGGUUUUUCACGCUCAACAGUUUCCUGUGUGUAUCAAGAAUGGUCCACCACCCAAAGGACAUCCAGCAAACUUUACACAACUGUGGGAAGCAUUGGGGUCAACAUGGGCCAGCAUCCCUGUGGAACGUUUUCAACACCUUGUAGAAUCCAUGCCCUGAAGAAUUGAGGCUGUUCUGAGGGCAAAAGGGGGUGCAACUCAAUAUUAGACAGGUGUUCCUAAUGUUUUGUACACUCAGUAUACAUUUUCAUUAUGUAGUUCUCAAAAUCUAUUUACAUGUACAGUGGGGAAAAAAAGUAUUUAGUCAGCCACCAAUUGUGCAAGUUCUCCCACUUAAAAAGAUGAGAGAGGCCUGUCAUUUUCAUCAUAGGUACACGUCAACUAUGACAGACAAAUUGAGAAAAAAUAAUCCAGAAAAUCACAUUGUAGGAUUUUUAAUGAAUUUAUUUGCAAAUUAUGGUGGAAAAUAAGUAUUUGGUCACCUACAAACAAGCAAGAUUUCAGGCUCUCACAGACCUGUAACUUCUUCUUUAAGAGGCUCCUCUGUCCUCCACUCGUUACCUGUAUUAAUGGCACCUGUUUGAACUUGUUAUCAGUAUAAAAGACACCUGUCCACAACCUCAAACAGUCACACUCCAAACUCCACUAUGGCCAAGACCAAAGAGCUGUCAAAGGACACCAGAAACAAAAUUGUAGACCUGCACCAGGCUGGGAAGACUGAAUCUGCAAUAGGUAAGCAGCUUGGUUUGAAGAAAUCAACUGUGGGAGCAAUUAUUAGGAAAUGGAAGACAUACAAGACCACUGAUAAUCUCCCUCGAUCUGGGGCUCCACGCAAGAUCUCACCCCGUGGGGUCAAAAUGAUCACAAGAACGGUGAGCAAAAAUCCCAGAACCACACGGGGGGACCUAGUGAAUGACCUGCAGAGAGCUGGGACCAAAGUAACAAAGCCUAACAUCAGUAACACACUACUCCGCCAGGGACUCAAAUCCUGCAUUGCCAGACGUGUCCCCCUGCUUAAGCCAGUACAUGUCCAGGCCCGUCUGAAGUUUGCUAGAGUGCAUUUGGAUGAUCCAGAAGAGGAUUGGGAGAAUGUCAUAUGGUCAGAUGAAACCAAAAUAUAACUUUUUGGUAAAAACUCAACUCGUCGUGUUUGGAGGACAAAGAAUGCUGAGUUGCAUCCAAAGAACACCAUACCUACUGUGAAGCAUGGGGGGGAAACUUCAUGCUUUGGGGCUGUUUUUCUGCAAAGGGACCAGGACGACUGAUCCGUGUAAAGGAAAGAAUGAAUGGGGCCAUGUAUCGUGAGAUUUUGAGUGAAAACCUCCUUCCAUCAGCAAGGGCAUUGAAGAUUAAACGUGGCUGGGUCUUUUAGCAUGACAAUGAUCCCAAACACACCCCCCGGGCAACGAAGGAGUGGGUUCGUAAGAAGCAUUUCAAGGUCCUGGAGUGGCCUAGCCAGUCUCCAGAUCUCAACCCCAUAGAAAAUCUUUGGAGGGAGUUGAAAGUCCGUGUUGCCCAGCGACAGCCCCAAAACAUCACUGCUCUAGAGGAGAUCUGCAUGGAGGAAUGGGCCAAAAUACUAGCAACAGUGUGUGAAAACCUUGUGAAGACUUACAGAAAACGUUUGACCUGUGUCAUUGCCAACAAGGGGUAUAUAACAAAGUAUUGAGAAACUUUUGUUAUUGACCAAAUACUUAUUUUCCACCAUAAUUUGCAAAUAAAUUCAUAAAAAAUCCUACAAUGUGAUUUUCUGGAUUUUUUUUCCUCAUUUUGUCUGUCAUAGUUGACAUGUACCUAUGAUGAAAAUUACAGGCCUCUCUCAUCCUUUUAAGUGGGAGAACUUGCACAAUUGGUGGCUGACUAAAUACUUUUUUGCCCCACUGUAAAAUCUAAAGGUUUACCAAAUGUUUGUGGUCAUCAAUUAGCAGCAGUCGGAUUAAGUAAUAGUAAAACAUAUUUUAACGAACGAGAACCGAAUCAUAUCAAAAGUAAUGUGAGCAUUGCCUUGUGAAAGGCAUUUACUUCAUAUGAAGAUGUAUUGCAUUGUGAAACAUGUAUUUCUAGAUGAAACACUGAUUAACUUUGGUGGAAAGGUGACUGUAUGAUUUUGUGUGUUGUGCUUAGUUUUGAAACAAGAGUUUACCACAUACUUGUGAAAAUUGCACCAAAGCGAUAUUUUUUUUGUAAAUACACAAAUGGGUACACCCACACACACACACGCACGUACAUACACAUAGAUGAUGACACAGAGAAGCAGACAUCCACGUAUUGAUAUUGCACAAGGGUUGACUGCUGUCAUUUUAAUUUCCACACACAUGCAACCAAAGUCUGACGUAAUAUAAGCUUACUAUUGCAUUACACGCCUGUCACAGUACAGAGCAUGAAACAUCCAGCAUAUGGAGGCAGUCUUGGCUAAAACACACACACAGCUGGCUUUAGCGUGACGUGACUAAGGAAACUGGUAUGCACCAGAAGUCAAGUCCUGUUUCACUCCCCAGUCCCCACUGAAUAGAGCAUGGCUGCACCACAACACUUACCCCCUUAAUGUCCAGACCUGGGUUCAAAUACUAUUCAAAAUCUUUCAAAUACUUUAAGCGUUUGCUUUAGCCUACCUGGAGUCCCAGAUGGGCGGCAUUUGCAGUUUUGCAACUAUUCUACUGGUUCAAUUGAGCCAGGCAAGUUCAAUCAUGCCCAGCUUAAGUAUUUGAAAUUAUUUCUAAUAGUAUUUGAGCCCAGGUCUGCUACUGUCAUUUAUCAAUCAGAUCAGCUUUACUUUCACACCUGACAGACAAUAAUUUUGCUCCUCUGCCCUAUCCUACCCCAACCAUACACACAGUAGCACAGCCCUAAGGCUGACACAUGGUGUUUGUCCCAAAUUGCACCCUAUUCCCUGACUAGUGCAGUACUUUCUGUAUAGGGAAUAGGGUGCAAUUUCAGACAGCCACUCUCUCCAUCUCCAUAGGCUAGAACAUGAGCUCCUUCGAUCAACAUUUUUUAUCUUUAUUCCUGGGGAACCUGUACAGACAUUCCCGGCAUUCCGAGGUAGAUUGCCCGGUUUCCUGGUAGCCAUGUCUCGGGGGCACAGAGAGAGGAGAGAGGGCCUGUCUUAGGCCACUAAGCUUAGAUACAAAGGCUUGUUCCACAGCUGAUUCUCUAACGCACACACACACAGGCUCACUUCAUGUUUUCUGCUUAAAAAUUAUAGCCCGCACUGACCUUUAAAAAAUAAAGUGGAAUUUUACCAACAAUAGUUUCCGCUUUCUUUUUCAGUAUUUCACAACACUGGUCUAGAACCUCUUUCUGGUUCCGCUUUCGACUGACACAUCUUAUUCGUCUUAUUCUGUGAAAUGUAGACUGUCUGUAGAAGUGCUUGUGUCUUGUAUAGAAUGUGCAGUAUUCUUUAUCUAUUUCGGGGGGACUGUGUUGGCAAAGUACUGACAAAGUAUUGAAACAUUUACAGUGAGGGGAAAAAAGUAUUUGAUCCCCUGCUGAUUUUGUACGUUUGCCCACUGACAAAGAAAUGAUCAGUCUAAUUUUAAUGGUAGGUUUAUUUGAACAGUGAGAGACAGAAUAACAACAAAAAAAUCCAGAAAAACGCAUGUCAAAAAUUUUAUAAAUUGAUUUGCAUUUUAAUGAGGGAAAUAAGUAUUUGACCCCCUCUCAAUCAGAAAGAUUUCUGGCUCCCAGGUGUCUUUUUAUACAGGUAACGACCUGAGAUUAGGAGCACACUCUUAAAGGGAGUGCUCCUAAUCUCAGUUUGUUACCUGUAUAAAAGACACCUGUCCACAGAAGCAAUCAAUCAAUCCGAUUCCAAACUCUCCACCAUGGCCAAGACCAAAGGGACAAGAUUGUAGACCUACACAAGGCUGGAAUGGGCUACAAGACCUUUGCCAAGCAGCUUGGUGAGAAGGUGACAACAGUUGGUGUGAUUAUUCGCAAAUGGAAGAAACACAAAAUAACUGUCAAUCUCCCUCUGCCUGGGCCUCCAUGCAAGAUCUCACCUCGUGGAGUUGCAAUAAUCAUGAGAACGGUGAGGAAUCAGCCCAGAACUACACGGGAGGAUCUUGUCAAUGAUCUCAAGGCAGCUGGGACCAUAGUCACCAAGAAAACUAUUGGUAACACACUACGCCGUGAAGGACUGAAAUCCUGCAGCGCCCGCAAGGUCCCCCUGCUCAAGAAAGCACAUAUACAGGCCCGUCUGAAGUUUGCCAAUGAACAUCUGAAUGAUUCAGAGGAGAACUGGGUGAAAGUGUUGUGGUCAGAUGAGACCAAAAUCGAGCUCUUUGGCAUCAACUCAACUCGCCAUGUUUGGAGGAGGAGGAGGAAUGCAGCCUAUGACCCCAAGAACACCAUCCCCACCGUCAAACAUGGAAGUGGAAACAUUAUGCUUUGGGGGUGUUUUUCUGCUAAGGGGACAGGACAACUUCACUGCAUCAAAGGGACGAUGGACGGCGCCAUGUACCGUCAAAUCUUGGGUGAGAACCUCCUUCCCUCAGCCAGGGCAUUGAAAAUGGGUCGUGGAUGGGUAUGAUCUGCAAAGAGGAGUGUGACAAAAUCCCUCCUGAGAUGUGUGCAAACCUGGUGGCCAACUACAAGAAAUGUCUGACCUCUGUGAUUGCCAACAAGGGUUUUGCCACCAAGUACUAAGUAAUGUUUUGCAGAGGGGUCAAAUACUUAUUUCCCUCAUUAAAAUGCAAAUCAAUUUAUAACAUUUUUGACAUGCGUUUUUCUGGAUUUUUUUGUUGUUAUUCUGUCUCAUACUGUUCAAAAAAACCUACCAUUAAAAUUAUAGACUGAUCAUGUCUUUGUCAGUGGGCAAACUUACAAAAUCAGCAGGGGGAUCAAAUACUUUUUUCCCUCACUGUAUGUACACAGAUUUUGUUUCCUCAUCAGUUACAAAUCUUCCCUAAGCAAACCAAGAUUACAAUAGACCGAUUUACAGUAUCUGAUGCAGUAACUAACUUCCCUCUCUUUGUGUGUGUACAGUGAGCUCCAAAAGUAUUGGGACAGUGACAAAUGUUUUGUUGUUUUGUCUCUGUACUCCAGCACUUUGAAUUUGAAAUGAUACAAUGACUGAGGUUAAAGUGCAGACUGUCAGCUUUAACAUGAGGGUAUUUUCAUCCAUAUCGGGUGAACCGUUUAGAAAUUACAGCACUUUUUGUACGUAGUCUCCCCAUUUUUGGGGACCAAAAAGUAUUGGGACAAAUUCACUUGUGUAUUAAAGUAGUCAAAAGUUUAGUUUAGUAUUUGGUGCCAUAGUCCUAGCACACAAUGAUUACAUCAAGCCAGGCCUAGUCGCCCAACAUCAGUGCCCGACCUCACUAUGCUCUUAUGGCUAAAUGGAAGUAAGUCCCCGCAGCAAUGUUCCAACCAUCUAGUGGAAAGUCUUCCCAGAAGAGUGGAGGCUUUUAUAGCAGCAAAGGGGGGACCAACUCCAUAUUAAUACCCAUGAUUUUGGAAUGAGGUGAUCGACAAGCAGGUGUCCACAUACUUUUGGUCAUGUAGUGAAUCAUACCCCCUCAAAAAUGCUAACCUCCCCUGUUAUUGUAAUGGUGAGAGGUUAGCAUGGGGGUAUGAUAGUUGUAAAUCUGUAACGUUUUCACUCAUCAUUAUUCACGAUUCAUUCAGGACUAUCCGUAAAUCAUCCACAUUUAAUGUAGACAUGUUUAGAAACAUUAUUUUCUUAUUUACAAUAAAAGUGACUCCAAAAUGACACAAUAAAUUAUUUACCAUUAAUUUCUAUUGGGCACAAAAUAAUCUGAAACUCAACCAAAACAAACAGCAAAUGCAUCCAAUAAGUUUGUAGAGUCACAAGCUUGAUGUAAUCAUUGCAUGCUAGGAAUACUAAACGUUUGACUACUUACACAUAAGUGAAUUUGUCCCAAUACUUUUGGUCCCCUAAAAUGGAGGGACUAGGUACAGUGCUGUAAUUUCUAAACGGUUCACCCAAUAUGGAUGAAAAUACCCACAAAUUAAAACGGUCAGUCUGCACUUUAACCUCAUAGUAUCAUUAAAAAUCCAAAGUGCUGGAGUACAGAGCCAAAACAACAAAACAUUUGUCACUGUCCCAAUACUUUUGGAGCUCACUCUAUGCGUGUGUGUUUUCUAGAGCCCGUCCUAGAGUCUCCUGAGUUCCUGCAAGUGUAGCGAGAAGCAGUCAAUGGCUCCCUAACCCGGAAACUCCUCGUGGUUAGAUAUUUUUCUUCACUCUUCCAUGUCACCAAAGCUAUGUCACCCUGAAGCCUGUCUCACAACCUUCUGUGCUGGGAGAGCUCUCUCUCUCUCUCUGUGUACCGCGUCAUGGAUGGGGGAGGGAAGGAGGGCACAGUUUCUUCUAAAAUAAAUGUUCCACCUGCAACAACAGCCGGAGGAGGCCAAAGGGGGCUUGUGUUGCAGUGGGGGCCUGCUAAGUAUGUGACGCUCCGUCUGACCACUGAAGACAGCUCAAGGACCAGCAGGUGCUCCUGAUCUGA